AUGCUAUGCUCGCCCCUCGCCGAGCCGCUGAACACCCGUCCAUACCACGACGGACUCAGACUGGAUACCUACAAGGAGCAACCUAAAGCCCUCAAAACGACAUACGAAGACUGCGAGCCCGACUUUGGCAUUGCAAACGGGAUCGGUCGAACGACAGUCUUCUAUAUUUGGCUGCACGGUAACGGAACACCAUCCGAUAGCGAGCUAAGCGCCUUUCCAGCCCUAAAACCAUCUACAAUCCCGGAGAGUGAAGAGGCGUCCUGGAUUGCGACGAACGAGGCAGCACGAUACGGUGUCUCAGCGAUUUUCAAUCUCGCGAAUAUUCGUCAGUAUCUUGACUAA